GGGCGAAGGAGCAGCAGCUCGCGCUCCAGGCACGGCGCUGAUUUUUACGGGAUAAUAACAUCCGUCCCUCUGUUUCUCCACCUGUCUGUCUGUCCGCCUCCCUCUCUGUCCGUCCGCCGCGCUCGCGCUGAAGAUGGCGUGCCAGGGUCUGGCGAAGGGUGAGACGGUGGCCACACUGCGCGCGGAGUCAGAAAACCUGAAGGCCAAACUGGAGGAGGAGCGAGCCAAGCUGCACGAUGUGGAGCUGCACCAGGUGGCGGAGAAGGUGGAGACUCUGGGUCAGUUUGUGAUAAAAACCCGCAGGACGCUGAAGGGUCACGGUAAUAAAGUGCUGUGUAUGGACUGGUGCAGAGACAAGAGGAGGAUGGUGAGCUCCUCUCAGGAUGGCAAGGUCAUUGUUUGGGAUGCCUACACAACGAAACAAGGUAAAUCUGAGCAUGCGGUCACUAUGCCGUGUACGUGGGUGAUGGCAUGCGCGUACGCACCAUCCGGCUGUGUGAUAGCCUGCGGUGGUCUGGAUAAUAAAUGCUCUGUGUAUCCGCUGUCUCUGGAUAAAAAUGAGAAUUUGGCCGCUAAGAAGAAAUCCGUAGCGAUGCACACCAACUACCUGUCAGCCUGCAGCUUCACCAACUCUGACAUGCAGCUGCUGACCUCCAGUGGUGAUGGUACGUGUGCAUUAUGGGAUGUGGAGAGUGGUCAGCUGCUGCAGAGUUUCCACGGCCACUCAGCUGAUGUGCUGUCGCUGGACUUGGCGCCCUCAGAGACGGGAAACACCUUUGUUUCUGGAGGUUGUGAUAAGAAGGCUAAUGUGUGGGACAUGCGCUCAGGCCAGAACAUCCAGUCCUUUGAGACUCAUGAAUCGGACAUCAACAGCGUAAAGUACUAUCCCAGCGGCGAUGCAUUUGCCACCGGCUCUGACGAUGCCACUUGCCGCCUGUAUGACCUGCGGGCCGACCGUGAAGUGGCCAUCUACUCAAAAGAGAGCAUCAUCUUCGGCGCCUCCAGUGUGGACUUCUCGCUCAGCGGUCGGCUGCUGUUUGCUGGAUAUAACGACUACAACAUCAACGUAUGGGAUGUUUUAAAGGGCACCAGAGUGGCCAUUCUCUUUGGGCAUGAGAACCGGGUCAGCACUGUCCGAGUGUCGCCCGAUGGGACAGCGUUCUGCUCGGGAUCGUGGGACAACACACUGCGGGUUUGGGCGUGAGGGGAGUCCCCAGCGAAGUUUCGGAGCAAACAUGAGGAAGAGUGUGUUAAACGACAUGCAGAAAAAAGUGACCACUGGACUUUUAUAUAUAUAUGGGGAGUUUUUGUUAGUUAGUCUUAAGUUUAGCUGAGUUUCUCUCAAUAUAGAAUAAAACUUUCCCUAAAGCUGACCACUAAUCACCCAAGUAUCUGUUGUCAUGAUUUUAGACCCGUCGUUGCUGUCAUACCGUACUGCACAAAAGUGAGUACAUAUUCAUUUUUAGGAGAUAUUGUGGCUCUUAACAACCACUUGAAAGACCUGGUAGACACCAAAGCUGCCCCCAUCAGAUAAACAACACUUAAAGCUUUCAUCUUUGAGAGAGAGGAGAAAAUCAAGCUGCUUCAGAUCUGAAAACAUCCACAGGGGUUUCUGUCCAUCCUUCCACUGUGAGAAGACAACCAAAGUCCAGACCUCAACAUCACUGAAUGUGUUUGAUCACUUCAGAAAAUUAUCAACGAACUUCUAAGACUGCAGAUUCUUUGAGAAACUAAAAAGUGAGUCUCCUGAAUAGAGUGAAAAGGUGGACACACUGAAUACUGAAAUUAUAUUUUGUUAUGUCAUUUUCUGUUAAAUUUGUUUCCUGCUUUUGUUCCCUGACAUUGAAAAUUAAAUAACUUGUACUUUUUAGCUUUAAAAUAAAUAAACAAAGGGUGAUCAGUACUGCAAAACCUCACAUCUCUGAAAUGAUUUCAUUAAAAUAGUUUUGGACCAUUUAUGUAAUUUCUGUUGGUCCAUUGAUCGUGAUGUGUUCACUCAAUGUAAAGGGCAGCUGUUUUCAGAUGGUGUUCGAAGUUACGAGGUUUUGAUAUGACAGCAACGAUGUGAUCUUUAGUGCACAAGUUAAACACGUUCCUAAGGCGCAUAGUUAAUCAGAAGAGAUACCUGUUAAAACCAGUGAGUCCAAGAAGCUCUAGAUGAUUCGGUGUGUCUAGCAUUAAAACAUCCUGAAUUUUCUAGUUUAUCAUUCAGUGUUACUGUAUGUGGAUCCUGCUUGCUUUAAGAUGUUACAUAGAAAAUAUAAUGUUUUUUCCUUUAGGCUGAAAGUGCAUCAGUAUAAACUCACGGAACGGUUCUAUCUCACUGCAAACCUGAUCAAUUGAUGUAUUCGGUUAUAAACUACUGUUUGAUGUCUCCGGUUGUUAAAUGCCCACUUCUGUACUGUAUUCGAGGUCAUUAAAUAUAAUUUCAUGUGUA